CCUCGAAAUGCCAGUCAUCCCGCAUGUGUCCCGGAAACUAUACUAAUCGUCGGGUCGGUCUCUGAAGUCUAGACACUGCGUCUGGCAACGCCCUUGAUUGGAUCUGUCUGGUUACACAAAAUCAUCAUCCUGUACGGAUGAAGUAGAGACGCUGCUACGUAUCGCUCGAUAAUAUUGGAUGUAAACGGUGAACAGUGAGCCGAUAUGACGCGUCCACCGUUCGAUGAGCAUUGGGCGAGUAUGUAUGUGUGCGAGAGGAUCGACAGUCAUGUGCAUUUGAAAUGCAGACUUCGAGUUCAGACUGAUGGGCUUACGCAACUAUAUCCAAGCGCCCAUUCCAAUUGCGAGAACUGUGACGAUGAAGUGACGACCUACGAGUAAGUAACAUGCACGGAAAUCGAAAGUUGAACAUUGAUAGGCGAUUUGAUUGUGAUUGCAUUUAAGACCAUACCCAUAAACCGUCCGUGAAAACCGUCAUGCCGAAAUCGUGAGUCUAUUGGGCUCAUCGAAAAUGAAGCGGGGCAUCUUCCGAGCUGUAGACGAUACUACGCUCGACCAGCACUCCUUUUGAUCCAGUCCGGUAUUCC